AUGCCGAAGGCUGGGAUGUGCUCCGACCUGAUCUGCUCCGUGGCGUGUGUGUGUGUGUGCCUGUGUGCGUGUGCGCGUUUGCGUGUGCGCGUGCGUGUGCGUGUGCGUGUGUGUGUGUGUGUGUGUGUGCGUGUGUGUGUGUGUGUGUGUGCGCAGUCCAAGGCGCUGCGGGAGCGUUGGCUGCUGGACGGCGCUCCAGAGGAGGACGAGACUCUGACCCGCCUCCAGGAGGACGAGGUGAAGACCAAGCUGCUGGAGCAGGUCAUCCUCAGGCUAGAGCAGGAAAUUGAGGAGCUGGAGACGGGCGAACCAGCCGAACAGGGCGCGGUCCUAGAGAACGGAGAGACCGGGGUAGUGCAGGGCCAGACCCCGAGGAAAGAGGCGCCCGCCGGCAUGGAGGCCAAGCUGCUGGGGCCCAGCCCCGACCAGGCCAGCGCCGACAACCCGGUCACGCUGGUGUUCAUGGGCUACAAGACGGUGGAGGAGGAGCCAGAGAGCCGCGUGGGGCUGGGCCCCGCGGGGGGGGACGGCAACGUCAAGGCCGAGUUCGUGGUCAUCGAGGACGGGGAGGGCAAGGCGGCGGCGGCGGCCGAGGGCGCCGCGGGGGAGCAGGCCCCGCCCAACGGCAGCAUGGCGGAGCAGGAGAAGGCAAACGGAGGAGGAGGCACAGGGGAGGACGGGGAGAAGGAGAAGAAACAGCCCUGCAAAUGCUGCACGGUCAUGUGAGUCUUCACUGGUGCGUGUCUGUGUGCGUGCGUGUGUGCGUGUGUGCGUGUGUGUGUGUGUGUGUGUGUGUGUGUGAGAGAAAGUGCACACCCUACGCAUGAGUGGGUACGGGAACAGCUGUGGGUUUCAGUACUCGCACGUGAGUGUGUGCAUGUGUGUGUGUUUGUGUGUGUGUGUGUGUGCGUGUGUGUGUGUGUGUGUGUUUGUGCGUGUCCCCGUGUGUGCUCACGUGUCUCCGUGGGAGUGUGCAUAUCAGGACUGGGCAAAAGAAAGAAACAUAAGAACAGAAUACAAGUUCUCAGCCAAGACAACGAUAAACAACAAUAACAGGAGCCAACAUGGCGUCACGCAGAUCCACAACACAAGGACUCAUGUUGUUCUGUAUACGACACUUCUGUACACGCUCUGAUUUUGCUUUCUGUUUGAUUUCUAUUGAUAUUUUUCUAUUUUUCUUGUCUUGACAUUUAUAUUGUAUUCGGUAUGUAUAUCUUUAUUAUGGAACUGUGUACUGUAAGUUCAUUGUUAUUAUUGUCAAGAAAAAAGAUGGCAGAGCUGAAGCUCUCUUGAUUGUACCACGACCGAAGGGGACUCCUGGAAACUGAAAUCAUUGUAAUUAACCACGCAAAAAAAUAACGACAGAGAACCCAAAUAUAUAUAUACAUCUCUGUGUAGGAAUACCAACUAUAUAUCGGUCAAUUUCAUAUUGCGAUAUUGUCUAAGAUAUUAUUUUAAAUUGUAUUUUAAUAUAUUGAUAUCAAAUUAUGUUUUAUACAAUGUGUUUGUUGUUUUCAGUUCUCUAUAUCGACUCAAACCAUUGUGUGCAUGUAAGCUUUCAAUCACUACCAGGCAAACACGAAGGAAAGAAAUGUCUGCGCUUUCCUCGAAAACAUACAAGCUCAUCUCUAGUCAUGUAAAGUCUUUAUAUCGGUAAUAUUAGACAUAAUCGGGAUUGUGUUUAACACAUUUUUUUAAAGUGUAGUAGCACAGACACUGAGUAAUAUUCAGAAUCGAUUGCAUCGUUUCCUCACAGAUACGACCACAACCCUUUCAGAUACCGUAAAUAUUCCCCAUCACGGCUUCUUAAAGCCAAACGUCUCUCAAUCGAGGUUUAGACGGCAGUUGCUGUAAUGAUUCAACAGACUCUUCUCUUCCAGCAGUGAUGUCUGUGUUUUUAAUGGUGUGAUGAGGUAGCAACACAGCUGUCAGCCUUCUCUGAUUAUAUGUCUGUUCAUUAUGGGAUGUAAAACAUGUGGCAUGGUUACAAGAAUGUAACUCCAGGGGUCGGACUAAGGGCUUACAAGGCUGCGGAAAAAAAUUAAAAGUGUGGAGGAAGGCACUUAAACCAGAGCCGUGCAAAUGUUAUUUUUCGGUGGUUGUAAAUCACAACUAAAUGUUUACUUUUCACUUCAAUCUCUUUUUUCUCUCCUUGCACACUUGUACUUUCACAACCUCACGGAUUUCAAUGGAGAUGUAACUGAUUGAAAGAAAUGAUAUAAAAGCAUCUUAUUAGGCCCACUGAUUCUUUAGCCCAGAGUCUUUACAGAGUGGUCGUUGUAUCAAGAUGACCCAAUCCCUGAGUUACCCGCCAUCCAUUUAACCCGUUGACACUAUCUAAGUGUUUGGCUAGUUCAAUACAAGAGCACCUUUAAUAAUCAAGGUCAAUUUUCACGAUUUUUUUCAAGCACAUUUCUGCUUCAGUCUGUGGAGCAGCUCCUGGGCGGGAAGGUUGUCCUUCAGGCUUGUCUGUGUCUCUGUCUUCGUGUUCUCCACAUUAUCUGUCUCCACUAGCUUCAAAGAUUCAUCCGCGCAAUCUUAAUACAAUGCAUCAUCAUACUUGUGCUUGCUGAGAAACCACUGAGGUUGGUGCUGCGGCGACGUCUCUUCAAGCUCUCUACAGCCCUACUCGCUUGGCCUACUGGAAGUGCUGGAGGUGCUGGAGGGAGGAAUGAUGGGGACUAUGGGAACUGUAGUUCACCCGGACCCUAUUGGACUCUACCCAACCACUGCUGUUCAUCAAGAGAGGUGUUUUUUUUGCAUCGGCCAGCGCCGUGUGCAUUCUCCAGAGUUCUUCCAGCAGUGGUGGUCCCUUCUAAACAUUCCCAGGGGGGGUCCCAUGGCUGGACGCAGUGUGUCCUGUGUUCAUGUAUACAGACCCGCUGCAGACGUACUUGGAUUUUCUUUUCUUAAUGCCUCUUUGAGGGGACAGUGUAUUGUAUUUGAUGUGCGUAUUAAAAAAAGAAAAAAGAAAAGAAAAAGAUGACUACAUCAGUGUAUUGUUUGUGCCUUUGUCAGGUUUAGUUGGUUGGAGUUGUAUGUUUUCCAUCCAUUCUAAACUAGGGUUGGUCUGCCAUGUUCCUGUACGCUAGAGCUCACAGAUGCCUGCUAUGCCCAAGGAUCACCGCACCAAAUGACAACACAUUCUGUUCCACCCCUUUAAUUAUACUGAAGCACCAGUUAAAAGCCUGCAAAUUAACCAACGGGUCCUCCUGACUAAUAAAGAUGUCAAAUGUCAGCUCACCCAUUUAAAUAGGGGCCAAAUCUUCAUGAACAGCGAAUGGAUUGUUAUGAGUAUGUCCUAAACUCAAAUCUUUUCCAUGUUUCUGCGCAUGACUGACAUUUAAAAAAAAACUCAUACAUGUAUGCAAAUAUAGACAUAUCUUCCUGCUGCCAGUCCCCAGUGCAUCAGGAACUGCAGACAGCCCUGAGCCACGCCAAUGCCUGUUCAUCUAUUAUGUGGUCGUCUCAAUGUUCAAUCUUGAAUAAAAAAACGCUGUUUGUUUA